AAAGCAGUUAAUGGAGACUGGAAAGAGAUAUAAACAUAAAGAAGAUUAGAGACUUUUAUACUGACCACACUAAUAAUAAUAUUUACAUGUGUAUUAUGCUCACAGUGCCGAUAGUGGGCGCUAACGCUGUGCUCAGAAGGCGCGUGUAAACGGUGCGCAGAGAGCUCGGGAGCGCGCGUGUGCCUCGUGAGCGCGCCGUGCCCGCGCUGCGCCCAGUCAGUCCGGAGCUGCUGCUGCUGUCGCCGGUUCCGCUGUAAUGUAACGCCGAAUGGAGGCGUGCUGAGGACUGAAUUAAAGCGAAGCAGUCUGCUGCUCAGGACGACCUCUGUGCUGCAGUGGAUUGUAAAGCUCGCCUAUGCAUUUGUGCCGUAUGCGGUAACCCCAGCACUCAGGCGUGAUUUGCACCAGUCGGGUCUCCAUAACGCAAGACGCACCGGACACCUUCAUGGCCGAGCGCAACUCCAGCGGAUUGAUGAUGAUGAUGAUGAUGAUGGAGCCGAGCCUCCCGGCUGAGGUGCGAGAGAAGCUGGCUGAGCUUGAGCUGGAGCUGUCUGAAGGAGACAUCACACAGAAGGGCUAUGAAAAGAAGAGAGGAAAGCUACUCGCACCCUACAUACCACAGAUGCAAGGUGUAGACCCCUCUCUGCAGACUGAUCCCCGUAUCUCAGCUUCCUCUCAGGCGGCUCCUCUCACUUCCAAACACAACAAACCCAAAGCAGCCAACUCACGGGACGAGCGUUUCAGAUCUGACCUACACACAGAAGCAGUGCAAGCAGCUUUAGCAAAAUAUAAAGAGAGAAAAAUGCCAAUGCCCUCGAAGAGACGGUCAGUUCUUGUCCAGUCUUCUGUAGAAGCCUGCACUCCGCCUGACACAUCCUCAGCGUCAGAGGAUGAGGGAAGGAUGGCAUCGUCAUCACCGUUCCAGGCGCCAAAUCCGAAUGUGGAACACUGGUUCAACCGCGUCAUUCAUCAUCACUGCUCAUCCACUUCCUCCUCCGCCUCCUCCACUUCAUCGUACCCAGGUGGGCGGAGCCAACAUAGCUCUAACUCUGCCUCAAACUCUGCCACAGCUGCUACUGUUUUGGCUGACGUCAUGGCUCACACACAGCUCGAUAACCACUGUGCUCCUCCGGAUGUGACCGGUCUGGCUGAGCGUUCACAGGUAGCCUCAGUGAGAGGUCUUCCUCACGGAUACACACACACACACCCCGGCAGCGCUAUGGACACGGCUGACGGUGUCCCCGUGAACAGUCGUGUUUCAUCUAAAAUCCAGCAGCUCUUGAACACACUGAAGAGACCCAAGCGGCCGCCGCUGCGUGAGUUCUUCGUGGAUGAUUUCGAGGAGCUCCUGGAUGUCCAGCAGCCAGACCCUAACCAGCCCAAACCAGAGGGGGUCCAGAUGACUCCUCUGCAUGGUGAGCUGUUAGACAUAGGGACAAAAUGGCCACCGUCUCUCCUGGCCUCUCUACAGCGAUGGGGAACUACACACCCUAAAAGUCCUUGUCUUACAUCACUAGACAACACUGGCAAACCCACCUACACCCUCACCUAUGGGAAGUUAUGGACACGCAGUCAGAAACUAGCAUACACACUUCUGAACAAACUCAGCUCCCGGAACGAACCACUGCUGCGGCCUGGGGACAGGGUUGCCCUCGUUUUCCCUAACAACGACCCAGUGAUGUUCAUGGUGGCAUUUUAUGGCUGUCUGUUGGCAGAGUUAGUGCCUGUGCCCAUAGAGGUGCCACUUACACGAAAGGAUGCGGGCAGUCAGCAAAUCGGCUUUCUCUUAGGCAGCUGUGGUGUGACUCUGGCUUUAACUACUGAUGUGUGUCAGAAAGGCCUUCCUAAAGCUCACACUGGAGAAGUGGCCACAUUUAAAGGUUGGCCUCGUUUGCUCUGGUUUGUUACCGAUGGGAAACAUGUUGUGAAACCCCCUAAAGACUGGAAUCCUCCAAUCAGAGACAGCAGCAAUGAGACAGCCUACAUUGAGUAUAAGACAAGCAAGGAAGGCAGCACGAUGGGCAUCACUGUGUCCCACACUGCCAUGUUGGCUCACUGCCAUGCGCUGACGCUGGCCUGCGGGUACACAGAGGGUGAAACCAUCACUAAUGUUCUAGACUUUAAGCGUGAUGCAGGUCUUUGGCAUGGCGUUCUCACUAGUGUGAUGAACCGGAUGCACGUGAUCAGCAUCCCAUAUUCCCUGAUGAAGGUCAACCCUUUGAGCUGGAUCCAAAAAGUACACACCUACAAAGCGCGUGUUGCUGUGGUGAAGUCGAGGGACAUGCACUGGUCACUGCUGUCUCAGAGAGAUCAGAGAGAUGUCAGUCUGAGCUCAUUACGCAUGCUGAUUGUGGCAGAUGGAGCCAAUCCUUGGUCGAUCUCCUCCUGCGAUGCUUUCUUGAACGUGUUUCAGGCUCGAGGUUUAAGGCCUGAGGUGAUAUGUCCCUCUGCCAGCUCAGCCGAGGCUCUGACUGUCGCUAUCCGCAGGCCUCCAGAAAUGGGAGUCCCUCCACCAGGUAAAGCGGUUCUCUCUAUGAGCAGUCUGAGUCAUGGCGUGAUCCGAGUGGACACAGAGGAGAAACUGGCUGUACUCACACUGCAGGAUGUAGGACAAGUGAUGCCUGGAGCACUGGUAUGUGUGGUGCGACCAGAAGGAACGCCGUACCUCUGCAGGACGGACGAGGUGGGAGAGAUCUGUGUGAGUUCCUGCACUACGGGUGUGUCCUACUUCGGCCUGCCCGGCAUCACCAAGAACGUGUUUGAGACGAUUCCAGUGACCGCAUCUGGCUCUCCUGUUACUGAUCGCCCGUUCACUCGCACCUCGCUGCUGGGCUUCAUCGGACCGGACGACCUGCUGUUUGUUGUAGGGAAGAUGGACGGGCUGAUGGUCGUGAGUGGGCGGAGACAUAACGCUGAUGACGUAGUGGCGACUGCACUGGCGGUGGAGCCAAUGAAAUUUGUCUACAGAGGACGGAUUGCUGUGUUCUCUGUGUGUGUGCUCCAUGAUGAGAGAAUUGUUGUGGUAGCAGAACAAAGACCAGAUGCAUCUGAGGAGGACAGCUUUCAGUGGAUGAGCCGAGUGCUGCAGGCGAUAGACAGCAUCCAUCAGGUGGGUGUGUACUGCCUGGCGCUGGUUCCUGCUAACACACUCCCCAAAGCAGCACUCGGUGGGAUUCACGUGUCUGAGACGAAGCAACGUUUCCUGGAAGGAGCUCUGCACCCCUGCACCGUGCUUAUGAGCCCUCACACCUGCAUCACCAACCUGCCCAAACCUCGCCAAAAACAACCAGAGGUGGGUCCUGCCUCCAUGAUUGUGGGGAACCUGGUUGCUGGGAAGCGAAUUGCUCAGGCUUGUGGAAGAGACGUGACUCAGUUGGAGGAUCAUGAUCAGUUUCUGUACAUUCAGGAUGUUCUGCAGUGGAGAGCUCAGGCCACUCCUGAUCACCAGCUGUUCCUGCUGCUCAACGCCAAGGGUGCCGUGGCGAGCAGUGCGUCCUGUGUGCAGCUCCAUAAGCGUGCUGAACGGGUUGCUGUGGCUCUCGUGGAGCGUGGUAGACUGAACCCAGGCGAUCACAUCGCACUUGUUUACCCGCCCGGCAUUGACCUGAUUGCUACAUUUUACGGUUGUCUGUACGCCGGCUGUGUUCCUGUAACAGUCCGUCCCCCUCACCCACAGAACCUGGCUACGACGCUCCCCACCGUCAAGAUGAUCGUCGAGGUCAGUAAGUCAGUUUGCAUUCUGACCACACAAGCAAUAAUGAAGCUCCUGAAAUCUAAAGAAGCCUCAGCUGCCGUGGAUGUAAAGACGUGGCCAAUGGUACUAGACACAGAUGAUCUGCCCAGGAAGAAACUCGCACAGAUCUACAAGCCGCCGUCUCCAGAGAUGCUCGCGUACCUGGACUUCAGUGUGUCCACUACAGGAAUACUCGCUGGAGUGAAGAUGUCUCACGCUGCUACCAGUGCCUUGUGUCGCUCCAUAAAGCUGCAGUGUGAGUUGUAUCCUUCACGACAGAUCGCCAUCUGCUUGGACCCGUACUGCGGCCUCGGCUUUGCUCUCUGGUGCCUCUGCAGUGUAUACUCAGGACACCAGUCUGUUCUGGUUCCUCCUCUGGAGUUGGAGAGUAACGUGUCUGUGUGGCUCUCGGCUGUGAGUCAGUAUAAAGUUCGCGUCACCUUCUGCUCGUACUCAGUGAUGGAUAUGUGCACUAAAGGCCUGGGCUCUCAGACUGAAGCUCUGCGAUUACGAAACAUCAACCUGUCGUGUGUGCGCACCUGCAUGGUGGUAGCCGAGGAGAGACCUCGCAUCGCUCUCACUCAGUCGUUUUCAAAGAUCUUUAAGGAUCUGGGCCUCUCGCCUCGAGCUGUCAGCACCACCUUCGGCUGCAGAGUCAACGUGGCCAUCUGCCUUCAGCCCAACAGACUGGGCAACCUGGCUGAUCAGGGUACAGCUGGUCCUGAUCCCACCACUGUCUACGUGGACAUGAGAGCACUUCGACAUGACAGAGUGCGCUUAGUUGAAAGAGGCUCCCCACACAGCCUGCCUCUGAUGGAGUCAGGGAAGAUCCUGCCUGGUGUGAAAGUAAUUAUAGCUCACACAGAGACCAAAGGACCGCUCGGAGACUCUCAUCUUGGAGAGAUCUGGGUUAGCAGCCCCCACAAUGCCGCAGGAUACUACACAGUUUACGGUGAGGAGGCGCUGCACGCUGAUCACUUCUGCACUAAGCUGAGUUUCGGUGACACGCAAACCGUGUGGGCGCGAACAGGAUACCUUGGCUUUUUGCGCAGAACUGAGCUCACUGAUGCCAGUGGAGAACGGCAUGAUGCCCUGUAUGUAGUAGGAUCUCUGGAUGAGACACUGGAGCUCAGAGGGAUGCGUUAUCACCCCAUUGAUAUUGAAACCUCUGUCAUCAGAUCACACAAGAGCAUCGCUGAGUGCGCCGUGUUUUCGUGGACUAACCUGCUGGUGGUGGUGGUGGAGCUGGAAGGCUUGGAGCAGGAGGCUCUGGAUCUCGUUCCGCUCGUCACCAACGUGGUUCUGGAGGAGCAUUACCUGAUCGUGGGCGUGGUGGUGGUGGUGGACCCUGGCGUCAUUCCUAUCAACUCUCGCGGUGAGAAGCAGCGUAUGCACCUGCGUGACGGCUUCCUCGCCGAUCAGCUCGACCCCAUUUACGUGGCCUACAACAUGUGAAACCAGUGAGAAAGUGAGACGGAAAUUAAGACGUUUUUUCCUUCUGCACAUCUUGAUGAUGAGUGAACAUGAUGGAACUAUGCAGCGUGUGUGUGUGUGUUUUCCUCUAAGGAAGACUGUUGCCUCUGAAACAGUGUCUCCCCAUUUCAACUGACUGACAUUUCGGUUUUGUUCUUAUUUCAGAUAUCAGGUUCAAGGAAUAUUACAAUAUAUACAAAUGUCCUUUCAGGUUAAAUGUAAUGAACUUUUUUUUUGCACUGGAUUUAUGAUGCUAAUGUAGUUAUAAAUAAUGGAAGUCUGUCUCACCUAAAAACAUGCCUAAAUUGUUGUGUCAUAGUGAUUGGCUUGUAAUAAAUAGUGAAAUUUAAAUUACUUCUACAUUACCUCUACAGUACCUGCAUAUUUUUGGAAACAGGUAUUUUUGGGGAAAAGGGUUGAAUGAUACUCAUCUGCACUUAUUAUUUUAUUAUUUUAAUUCCAUUCCACCGAGAUGGCCGCCACCUGUAACGUUACAGCAUGCAUCUCGAUCAGCUCUAUACUGUAGCUCCCUAGCUGGAGAAUCAGUACAUCAGGUAAACAAAUUCAGCCACUGGUGAAGUCUCUGGCUCACUAGAACACUGAUGACAAUUGUGACAUUCUGAAGUCACUGCAAAAACAUAAAAUACUUUUGUAUGUCAUGUUAAUUUGUUGGCUUAAUCACACACAUUUUUUGUCAUGACAAUUCAGGCAGGAUUGCAGACCAGCUAGUAAAAGUUGAUUGAUGGACUCAAAUACACAUGAAAUAAAGUUAAAAAUCAAAAUUUAAGUACCAUUUUAGAGCUAAAACAAUAGCAGACUGUUACAUUUGUAGACGAAAUUGACUGAAAGUUUAUCUUCCAUUUUUGUUUUUGUUUUGUUUUUUCCAAUAUGAGAUGCUUCUGAAUAUAUGACGUCACAAUGUCUAGUAAGGGAAUAUUGGGAGAUGUGAUGCAUUAUGGGAUUUUGUAGGGGUGAAAAGAUUAUCCAGUUACUGAGACAUACAGUACUAAAUCAUCGUGUAACAGAAGAGAAUGUUGUUGCUUAGUUACGCACUGUAAGCAAACUCCUCGUAGCUUUUCACUUCUCUCCGUUCUUUAAUCCUUAUUUAAUCCAUUAUAUAUGAUUGAAUUUCUAUUCCCUUGAUUUUAUUCCAGAUUUAAUUUAAACUUCCCUAAAACAUGACUUACUGUAGCAAAAGUUCUCCAUCACGCAAGGAGUUGUGUGAAAUAUUAGCUAAAAAAAAGUGAUUCACAUCUACCAAAUCUACCAGAAAUAGUAUCCCAUCUAGGCAUCUUCUUAUAGGAAUUCUCAUUUCGACACGCUGUGAUCUUGGAUAUACGCUAACUAUCGUAUCGGAUAGUAUUUAUUACACAUAGUAACAACGUUCUGUUAUUCAGUGAGUAUUUGUGUUCCUGUGUGUUGUCUUUUAGGCCUAAAUGUAUCUUACCAGCUUCAUAAUAGUAACAACGGGAGAUUUAUUUUCCGUCACACACAUGACUUGACCAAAAAAAAAAAACAAUGGAUGUGGUUUGUGGAUGUUAGAUAAUAAUUUGUGGUGAGAUAAACUUUCUGUUAUUGUUAUCUACAUGAGCAUCAUAUGUCUAGCAGGAAAAAAAAACUGAAGAGACUUUGGAUACCCAACAUAUCUUGGCUGGCUGACUUGAUUUGAUUUUUAUAAACAAUAAGGAGUAUACUGUAUAACUCAUACAACGCAGCCCAGCCAUUACUGCUGAUAUUCAUAUUCGAUCCCAAAUCAGCACUUUAAUCGAUCUCUCACUCAGAGACUUUCUCUGUGUUUUUUUUUUUUGUUUUUGUUUUUGUUUUUUUUGCGGACCGAACGAGCACAAAUGGAGAAGUCCGCUCUCACCUCAGCUUCCUGAUCAAAGUAAAACAAGACAGUUUCAUCGUUUCAUAUCCCAGCACACUGACAUGCUUCAAAAUCUACAAGAGAUUUUUACAGACUACCGAAAGUGCAAUAUGACAGAUAGCUGAUCUGAUAUAUUGGUGUUUGUGUCGCAAUUACUAUUGUGUGGGUUUGAUGCUCAGGAUUGCAGUUUUUCUCUUUUGCUUACACACAGUGUCACUGCAUUAAAAUACCUCAACACUAAUUAGGCUAAACACCUAGCAAAACAAGACCCAGGCUGCAUUAUUAACCACAACAUAUCAGGUGUAUUAAUUUGCUUAUUAUGAGUAACGGGCAGCUAUUUUUCAGGUGCUGACGCAACUAGGCUACUCUUUGCGGAAUAUCAUGGCUAACUAGCAUGUUAGCUUUAGUAGCAUGCUAAUCACACAGGUCCUUAAGCAAACCUGUGAGGUUGUGUUACCUCUGUUUGUUCUGUUUGAACCCCAUCAGGUUUAUGAAGACGCCAUGUUUGUCAAAUCUUUUCUGGGACUUUGCUCUAUAAUAUGUGAUGCUGCCCUCUAAUCUGUCCUAAAAUAUAUCUAUUUUUUCAGUGGCAGUGAAUGUUGUAGCUUUAAUCUUGUGUUCAGUGUGAAGUUGUUUGCAGUUCAUGAUUCCAGGAGUUUUAGGAAUAAGAAAUUAUUGUCACUCAUGUGUUUAGACUCUGUCUAUAAGGUUUAACGUACUUAUAUUAUAUUAAUGUAAGUAUUGCUGAUUAAAUAUUAAAUGGAUUGAGUAAAAAAGGCUAGAACAUUCCAGAAAUAAUAUAAUAAAUCAAAGCUUUCUUUUCUUUCAAAUGUCCUGAGUUUUUAACAUUUAGGUCAAAAAUACGCAUUUUAUUAUUAUUAUUAUUAUUAUUAUUAUUAUUAUUAUUAUUAUAUUUUUUAGAAGUGAUAUUUUCUAAACAGUUAUAUAAAGCAAGGAAGAAGAAAGUGAAACCUGGCACCAAAUUGUUCUUUUCUUUCUUUCUUUCUUUCUUUCUUUCUUUCUUUCUUUCUUUCUUUCUUUCUAUUAACCUUUAUAUUCAUUUCGUACAUUUCCCUAAAAUAUAUUUUUAAAAAAAGGAAUCUGGAAUUGACUGUCUGUAAGAGUGGAUGGAUGUGGAUGAUGCUACACAUGUCAGGGUUAAUAACACAGUCCUGUGUGUGCGCAUUUGAGAAAAACUGUAAAGAACUGCAUAUAAUAUCACCAUCAUUAAGCUGAAGCUUAUUGUGUACAUGCAAAAGAUUUCGACAGAACAAAAAUGCAACAGCAAACCAGAAAACCCAAGAUUAGUGGUGUAAUUGAGAUACAGAAAUUAUAUUCGACACAGGAAACUGUGGUGUCUCGAUCAGGAAAAUAUAAGCAAUGUGUGAAAGAUGCUUAAGAACAUGCAACCAACACAAAAACUGUGCAUUAUUCUCGAACCGCUGUGACUCCGAGUGAUAUGGCUGAAGCAUUGAGCUUUACAUUAUUCUCCUGUUAGCCAGUUGUGCUCUCAGAGAUGUGUAGCUCUUUAUAGCCCUGGGUGAGUUUUUAAAUCCUAGAAACACCAUUACUGAGUAUAUGAACCUUCCAACCGCUGUGGUGAUUUCUUUAUCCUCGACUGAAUCAGCAAGCAAAAGCCUGAAUGCUGAGAGACUGAGGCAUGCAUGCUUAGUGUUUUCACCUAUGUUCAGCUAGUUUAUAGUAUCAGUGCAGGUGUAUUAUACAGAUAUUCAGCACACUCUAACGUUUUGGUCCACAAACCUCUCGCUGUCUUAACGUCCCACGAAACCAAAGUGCUUUCUACACCAGAACCUUAAAGUUUUAAGGUAAUCUUUCAGUUCCUGUCUGCAGCUAACUGCAGCCAUGGAUGCUUUUCCUGUACUUAAACAAUAGAAAAACAACAUACUAAUUCAGUUCAUGAUCAAAAGGAAGAAUUUAUUCAGAUGCUAGUUUCCUCACAUAAUAUAAGCGGUAUUUUAUGAUAAAUAAACGAUCAGAUUGAGAGCCUUUAAUCAAACAAAAUGAUCCAUUAAAGAGAAAUUCUUUCUUUUUAACAGCCUGGCUUCCUUUAGGUGAGUUUUUCAGCAUUUGUAUAAUUAACAGGUUGACUGAAUAUCUAAAAUAAUAAUAAUAAUUAUUAUUAUUAUUAUAAAUGCAUUAGUAGAUUGUUAGAAUCCAAGUCUAAACCUCUUCUGAACCAAUAGCGAUCGAGCAUGUGAUGAUCAACAUUCUCGCUUUUGUGGUGCGUUUUCAAGGUUGUUGCAGUGUUUUCUGGUUUGCUGUUAGUUCUUUGGUUUGUUGUUAUGUUUCAAACAGCAUCAACAUAAAGGUUACUCGUUCUUCAUCCGGCAUCUUGACAUGAGCCUUAAAUAUUUCCAGUUACCUGUAGACACAUUUCAUACCGUGUUUAUUUUUUUUAAUCAUUCCUAUCAGGGUGCAGUGUGAAUCAUAUUUAAGAUAUUAUUACCGUUAUCUCCAUUAUACGUAUCUAUAUGUCGUCAUGUCAGGCUCUUUGUUUCAUUGGUAAGUGUGUAACUCAGUUUUUGUAUCGAAACAGCAGAUUUAUAGAUGUCUUAAAUUUUCUGCUCGAGCUUCAUGACCAUUCAUGACCUAAACCCGCAUGCAUCACACACAAAAAUGAAUGUACUGGGGUGACAUUUUCCAAAGUGACUUACGUACUGUGCUUUACUGAUACAGAAGCUAAUUUUUAAUCCACACCCACCCUUUUUUCCAGAAUAUCAGAACGAAUGAGCAGAAACGGCAGAGUAACUUCAGGAAAACAAAAUAUCUCGAGUACAGGUGUAAAGGGCUUCGUUUCAGUGCUUGUUUAUGAGUGUAAGAAUAGUCGCUUGUAUUUUUCAGAUCCAUUAUUCGCUGUAUAAUGAAAAGGCCAGCAAUGUAAAGAGGAUGCUUAUUUCCAAGGCUGCAUUCUGUAUUUUUCUUUUUCUUUUUUUUCUUUUUUUGUGAGCUGUGUCAGGCAGUAAGCCUGCUGUAAUUAUGUACAGAAUUUGUGUAAGUUAUUACUGAAAUCCUAGAACAUGGUAGGAAUAGAAUAAGCCUCAGAGCUAACCAAAAUUUCACCGUUUCUUCACCAAACAUCAGCAAUGUAUAUGUAUGCUGUUUUUGUUCUGUUACACAACACUGGGAGGAUGCAGGGACUGUUUUUUGUUUCCAGGAUUACAAAGCACAUGUGGUUUCCUCAGUGUCAAACCUGUUAACGAAUGUUCUGAGCAAUCAGCUGACAUGGCUUUUUGUCCUAUGUUAACAUGAUUUUUUUCUUAAUAAACAACUUGCUUUUAAUGGA